AGCAAGCUGCUCACCAUGCUGACAGCACUUCCCUGUGUGUUUUACUUCAUCAUGAAAUCCAAAUUUGGUGCUGAAGUGCCCAUCUAAGCUCACUCACUUGCCUCUUUAAGACAAGAAGAUAUCCAUGGCUGGAAUGACUUGGGAAUUUGAUAAAAUCAAUUAAGAAUGUCUAUAGAUGGAAAAAACAAAACUCCAUAGUGAUUAGAGGCAAAGGAUGGUCAGCAAAUCAUUGUUUCUGGCUGACCUCUGCUAGCCAGGCAAACCAUUGAAGAUGUCUGUGACCCAGCUGUGGAGGAGAAAGCAGCCAUUUUUGCCACUCACCCUUCCCUGCCUUCCUCCACCAAAGUUCCAGUCAGCACCACCACCUGAUCCCUGUGGUCCCAAAUGCCACACUUCUGAGAUUAACCUUACUGACUACAGCUAGAACAAGAGUUGUCUAUUGGAGGCAAUAAUUCAACAAUCCAAAUUCUUCAUGCUCCUCUCUAUAUUUGUCAUUUAGGAAGUGACUGGUUUACAGUUAGGAGCUUUAAGGACACGAUUCUUUGUUAUUUAGUUCUGCACAAAGUAAUAUGCUAAGUCUUCCACCAACACAAAAUGACAACCAACAUGAAGAGAUAAACCAAUGGCACCAACAAUAGAAACUCACCUACAUCAUGGAGUGAACAAGAAUUGUUGCUGAAGUGCUGCUGAAAGGGCCAGAGAUGCAAGGAUUUGGGACACAUUUUGAACCUUUAAGCUGUCUGACAUUGACCUGUCAUUAUUAAUAAAGAAGAAUCAGGAGCUUAGGAUGUAUUAACACCAAUUCAUUAACGUACUAACUGGACAAUGCUCUGCAAACAAUUCUACACUGUAAAGAACUGGAUUGGCACAAAAUAAGAUAAUUUGAUAUUUUACUCAUCCUAUAAUAUGUCUCAAUGGAGGAAAAUUUGAUAAACAUGAGGAAAGACCAUUCUUUUCAUGUUCGUUACAGGAAUUCUUGAAGAGUAGUAUGCUUCACUGUAAGCAGUAGAUGAGGAGGAGCAAGAUUGUACUGCUGCCUCUGGGAAGAUCUAAGAUUUGUCCUUUUUUCACUAUAUGGCGCAGAAUGGAAGCUUCCUGCCUAGAGUUGGCCUUGGAAGGGGAACGACUGUGUAAAUCAGGAGACUGCCGUGCUGGUGUGUCAUUUUUUGAAGCCGCAGUUCAAGUUGGAACUGAAGAUCUAAAAACACUUAGCGCUAUUUACAGCCAGCUGGGCAAUGCUUAUUUCUAUUUACACGAUUAUGCCAAAGCAUUAGAAUACCACCAUCAUGAUUUAACUCUUGCAAGGACUAUUGGAGACCAGUUGGGAGAAGCCAAAGCUAGCGGUAAUCUGGGAAACACCUUAAAAGUUCUUGGGAAUUUUGAUGAAGCUGUAGUUUGUUGUCAGCGACACCUAGAUAUUUCCAGACGGCUUAAUGACAAGGUGGGAGAAGCAAGAGCACUUUACAAUCUUGGAAAUGUGUAUCAUGCCAAAGGGAAAAGUUUUGGCUGUCCGGGUCCCCAGGAUGUUGGAGAAUUUCCAGAAGAAGUGAGAAAUGCUCUUCAGGCAGCAGUGGAUUUUUAUGAGGAAAAUCUAUCAUUAGUAACUGCUUUGGGAGACCGAGCAGCCCAAGGACGAGCCUUUGGAAAUCUUGGCAACACACAUUACCUUCUUGGCAAUUUCAGGGAUGCGGUUAUAGCUCAUGAGCAGCGUCUCCUAAUUGCAAAAGAAUUUGGGGAUAAAGCAGCUGAAAGAAGAGCCUAUAGCAACCUUGGAAAUGCAUAUAUAUUUCUUGGUGAAUUUGAAACUGCUUCUGAAUACUACAAGAAGACACUCCUGUUGGCUCGACAGCUUAAAGACAGAGCUGUAGAAGCUCAGUCUUGUUACAGUCUUGGAAACACGUACACUUUACUUCAAGACUAUGAGAAGGCCAUUGAUUAUCACCUGAAGCACUUAGCAAUUGCUCAAGAAUUAAAAGAUAGAAUUGGAGAAGGAAGAGCAUGUUGGAGCUUAGGAAAUGCAUACACAGCUCUAGGAAAUCAUGAUCAAGCAAUGCAUUUUGCUGAAAAGCACUUGGAAAUUUCAAAAGAGGUUGGAGAUAAAAGUGGUGAACUCACAGCACGACUGAAUCUCUCAGAUCUUCAAAUGGUUCUUGGCCUGAGUUACAGCACAAAUAAUUCCAUAAUGUCUGAAAAUGUUGAAAUUGAUAGCAGUUUACAUGGUGCAUGCCCCAAGUUGGGACGCCGACACAGUAUGGAAAAUAUGGAACUUAUGAAGUUAACACCAGAAAAGGUACAAAACUGGAACAGUGAAAUACUUGCUAAACAAAAACCUCUCAUUGCCAAACCUUCUGCAAAGCUACUCUUUGUCAACAGACUAAAGGGGAAAAAAUACAAAACCAAUUCCUCCACUAAAGUUCUCCAAGAUGCCAGUAACUCCAUUGACCAUCGAAAUCUGAAUUCUCAGAGGAAAAUCAGUGCAGAAACUAUUGGAGAUGAAGGAUUCUUUGACCUGUUAAGCCGAUUUCAAAGCAAUAGGAUGGAUGAUCAGAGGUGCUGCUUACAAGAAAAGAACUGCCACACAGCUGCUGCUGCAACUUCUUCCACUCCCCCAAAAAUGAUGCUGAAGGCACCAUCUGUUUCUGUGGUGUCCCCCAACACAGAUGAAUUCUUAGACCUUCUCGCCAGCUCACAGAGCCGCCGUCUGGAUGACCAAAGGGCCAGCUUCAAUAAUUUGCCAGGGCUUCGUUUGACAAAAAACAGCAGACAGUCGGUACUUGAUCACCUAAUGACUAAGGACAACAAAGAUCCUGAUGAGGGCUUCUUUGACAUCCUUGUAAAGUGUCAAGGGUCCAGAUUAGAUGACCAAAGAUGUGCUCCUCCACCUGCUGCCACGAAGGGUCCAACGGUACCAGACGAAGAUUUUUUUAGUCUUAUUUUACGGUCUCAGGCUAAAAGAAUGGAUGAACAGAGAGUUCUUUUACAAAGAGAUCAAAACAAAGACACAGAAUUUGGGCUCAAGGACCUUUUGCAAAGCAGUGCUUUGUUGGAAUUAAAUUCAGGAAAAUAAUCAGCAAACCACUAGUUACUACAGAUAUUUUAAAAGACCUUAUUCCUUUCAGAGCACUUCAGGGAAAUUCAAUCUAUUUUUUCCUAAAAAGGAGAAUUACAGCACUGUAAUACAGUUUAAAAUGACUUGAGAACAGUGUAAAUGUUCAGCCUGCAGUAGGGUGGCACUAGGGAAUUACCAUUCUGUGGUACCACUCUGCAGGCACUCACUUGUCUCAGGUGAAGGUGUCCUGUUAAGGUGCUUCAUCAGCAUCCUGUCAUUACUGCCAGGGACUGUGUUCUUUGGAAGCUCGCUAGUCCUUUACUAGUGUUUGUAAAACAAAUUUAAUUGAAUCCUAGACUAGAAUUUAAUCCUCUUGCUGAGGUAAUUUUUAAAAAUCUUUACAAUGGCAGUUUUUAUACCUAACCAUGGAUUUAGUGGGAAAUAACACUCUUCAGUAGAAAUAUUGUACUUGACUGAUGUAAAAACGUUAUAUAGUCUUAUAAAAAAAAAACAACCUAGAUUUUUUUUUUUUCCUCUAAGAAAAUCUGUUUUCAAUAUAUUUUUAGCCAAGGCCAGUAUAAAAGAAACCAUUAAGAAAUAAACUUCUUUUAGCGUG